AUGGCGUGUGGCACUCAGCAGUCGUGCGAUGGCUGUUCCUGCGACGGGGGCGGUGCUCGUGCGCCGGUGAACAUUGAAGACUGCGAGGCCGAACUCCUGGCCUUGCGGAAACGUACGCAGGAGCUGGAGAAGAACCUGGCGUCGAUGAAAAUCGGCGUUUCCAAGGAAGACUCCAAUGGAGCAGCGGGGGUUCGCAAGCUGCGAUCCGCCAACUGGUUCAAUAGCGAGUCCAACCCGCUAAUGACCGCGCUGUACGUCGAGCGGUACCUCAACUAUGGAGUCACCAGGGAGGAGCUCAUGUCCGGAAAACCUAUCAUCGGAAUCGCGCAGUCAGGCUCAGACCUGGCACCUUGCAACCGUUAUCACUUGGAACUGGCGAAACGAGUUCGAGAGGGCAUUCGAUCUGCCGGAGGCAUUGCUUUUGAAUUCCCCACUCACCCGAUCCAGGAGAGCACGAGACGGCCAACGGCAUGUCUGGACCGUAACUUUGCGUACCUGGGCUUGGUGGAGAUUCUCUUUGGGUAUCCUCUGGAUGGCGUCGUUCUUCUGACCGGUUGUGACAAGACGACACCCGCAUACCUCAUGGCGGCCGCUACUGUGAACAUCCCUGCUAUUUGUCUCAACGUUGGUCCGAUGAUGAACGGCUAUGUCAAGGAUAAACUGGCAGGGUCUGGCAUGGUUCUCUGGAAAGCGAGAGAGAUGUAUGCCGCAGGUGAGAUCAACCGAGAAGAGUUUAUCGAUUAUGUUUCCAAAGGUGCGCCAUCAGUAGGCCACUGCAACACCAUGGGGACCGCAUCCACCAUGAACGCGCUGGCGGAAGCGCUUGGUAUGGCUCUCCCAGGAUCUGCAGCCAUCCCUGCGCCCUAUAGGGAGAGAGCACAGUGCGCCUAUGAGACAGGCGUGCAGAUAGUUGAAAUGGUGCAUUCGGACCGAAAACCCAGCGAUAUCAUGACACGGCAAGCGUUCGAGAAUGCAAUCGUGACCAAUACUGCGAUAGGAGGCAGUACCAAUGCGCCGAUCCACCUCAAUGCCGUUGCGAAGCACAUGGGAGUGAGUCUAUCCAUGGACGAUUGGGACCAGUUUGGCUUUCAUAUUCCACUCCUUCUGAACAUGCAACCCGCGGGGGAGCUUCUCGGGGAGGAAUAUUACCGUGCAGGCGGCCUCCCUGCCAUCAUGGCAGAACUACUGGAUGCUGGCAAGCUCAAUGAGGGCGUUCUGACAUGCAAUGGCCGGACGAUGGGUGAGAAUGUUCGCGGCCAGCACUCUUGGGACCGCCGAAUGAUCCGAGCGUUUAAGGAGCCGAUCUUGGACGAUGCCGGAUUUUUGCACCUCCAAGGCAGCUUAUUCGAUUCUGCCAUCAUGAAGACCUGCGUGAUCUCAUCUCAAUUCAGAGAGAAGUUCUUGUCGAACCCCAAAGACCCCAAUGCGUUUGAAGGGAAGGUAAUUGUCUUCGAUGGACCAGAAGACUACCACCACCGUUUGGAGGACCCUUCCACCCCGAUUACUGACACAAGUAUCCUGAUUAUGCGCGGGGCUGGUCCACUUGGGUAUCCUGGCGCCGCGGAGGUGGUCAACAUGCAUCCGCCUGGGCGACUCCUGCGACAGGGAGUCGAUUCUCUGCCGUGUAUCGGUGACGGCAGGCAGUCCGGCACCUCUGGCUCACCCUCUAUUCUGAACGCCAGUCCAGAAGCUGCAGCGGGUGGCAAUCUAGCUAUCUUACAGGACGGAGACAUGAUCCGUGUGGAUCUGAUCAAGCGACGGGUCGAUAUCCUCGUUCCAGAGGAAGAAAUCCGACGUCGGAGAGAAGAACUUCAUGCCAGGGGAGGCUAUUCGAUGCCCGCCAGCCAGACACCGUGGCAGGAGAUUUUCCGCAAGGAAACGGCUCAGCUGAGCGAAGGAAUGGUUCUGCGAGAGGCCGUCAAGUAUCAACGACUAGCUCAGACAUAUGACGAGCCACGACACAACCACUGA